ACACGAGUAAUCAGCAUUGACUAUCAGAAGAACAAUGGCAACAGCGAACAUUCAGAGUGAUGCAGGUGAUGAUUUCGUCACUUGUGGUGUGUGUUUCAACGAAUACCAUGAGGAAACAAAGAAGCCGAAAAGUCUACCUUGUUCGCACACCAUCUGUCUUUCGUGCCUUCGGGAAAUAUUUGAGGAUGGUUCCAUUUCAUGCCCCUUUUGCCGCAACGUAUCCAAUUACGCAAGUUUGGAAUCAGUAGAAACAUUGCCCACAAAUUUCUCUGCCCUUCACAUACUCAAGUUGAACAAAGAAAUGACAAAGUUUGAAUUUGAACAAUGUUGGUGCUUUACUUGUGGUUUCAAGGCACAGGCAGAUUGCCCAGCUUCUAAACAUGAUCUCCUUACUGUCAAGCCAGACACAGUCAAGAAUUUAGAUGGCUUCAUUAACUUGAGGAACGAAUUUUACAGUAUUAAAAAUGAGGAAAAUGACAAUUUGACCAUGACGAUUCAAAAGAUUAGUGAAAUUCAAGUCCACCUAGAUCUUUAUUCAAAAGCUGUGAAAGCUGAAGAGGAAGAAAUACGCGAACUUCAAUAUCAAAAUGACCUGCUCAAGGCGGAAACACUUUCGAAAUUGGACAGUUUGGAGAUUUUUCAGCAAGUGACAAGAAAAAACUCUCAGAAUGGAAUGACGGAAUUCUUCUUGGCGGAAGUGGCAUCCCAUAAUUCGAAAAAUUCAAACACUGAAGAAACUUUGGCAAAAAUGAAAGAUGAAUGGAAAAAGUCUUUGGAAAUGUCCAAAUCGACACUUGAAACUGCGACAGCCAUCGCCGCCGAGUACGAAAGCAGGAAGAAAAUGCGGAUUGCUGUCAAGAUUUUCGACGAAAACAAUCAACCCAUUCCAACGUGUCCACUUCUCGAAAAUGGAUUCACUCUGCUGACUGAGGACACAUCAGAUCCGCUCGUUUUUCGAAAUAUGGCGUCAUUGUCGCACGCUGCGUUUUCGUUAAUGCGUAAGAAACAGGCGGUAUGUCCAGUUGUUUCCGCUGAUUUGGAAACCGACGAAGAUGAUGAUUGUUUUCAAGAACCUGAAGGAAUGAUUGAUUCAAUCCUGGCUAUUGUUCACUCUCCAGAAGAUUCGCCAUAACCUGAUGUUAUUUUGGUUCUAUCAAGCUAAUUGUGUUGCGUAUUAUAUUUUUUAGCAGGAAGCGUAAGCCACUCUUCAAUUUAUUUGGUUGUCCAGUUUAUUUAAUAAUCAGUUAGUUCAUUUUUUCACUUUGGUGUGUAAUUUCUCUUCACUCAUGAAAUUUUUUCAAAAAUCCCGUUUCCCCUUAAAUGACGACUUCCCUUUUUAGCGUAUUAAAAAACUUUAAUCGUUAUGUGUAUCAUGUAUUGACGUUAAGAAACAUUCACCUAAUUUUUAUAGUUUAA